GGGGUGAUUGAAGAGCUAAAGCGGUGGUGGCGGCGGCAGCCAUCUUAAGAGCUACGCGGUCGCCGAAUUACAUCUUAUGGAUAUUUAUUUACAGGCUGAAUUAUAAUUUAUCGUGUUGGCGAGGACUAGAGAAGAGUCUUUACAUCUCCCGUGUCUUUUUUUACUUAAAAGAUGCAGUUCCGUAGGUAUAAACCCUUCUCGUCUGCAAUCGGACUGGUCCUAGGACUAUUAUGUGCAGUGGAAUCAGGCAAAGUGAAUAAGCAUAAGCCAUGGAUCGAGACCACAUACCACGGCAUUGUGACGGAGAACGAUGACAAGGUGUUGCUGGACCCUCCUCUGAUCGCCCUGGACAAGGACGCACCGCUACGCUACGCAGAGAGUUUUGAGGUGACCUUCACCAAAGAAGGAGAGAUCUGUGGCUUCCGGAUCCAUGGCCAGAACGUGCCCUUCGAGGCGGUGGUGCUGGACAAGUCCACUGGCGAGGGCGUGAUCCGGGCCAAGGACAAGCUGGACUGCGAGCUGCAGAAGGAGCACACCUUCACCAUCCAGGCCUACGACUGUGGAGAGGGGCCCGACGGGGCCAACAUGAAGAAGUCACACAAGGCCAACGUCCACAUCCAGGUGAAUGACGUGAACGAGUACUCGCCCGUGUUCAAGGAGAAGUCCUACAAGGCCACGGUCAUCGAGGGCAAGAAGUACGACAGCAUCCUGAAGGUGGAAGCCGUGGACGCCGACUGCUCCUUCCAGUACAGCCAGAUCUGCAGCUACGAGAUCGUCACCCCAGACGUACCCUUCUCCGUCGACAAGGACGGCAACAUCAAGAACACAGAGAAGCUGACCUACAACAAGGAGCGCAUGUACAAGCUGACGGUGACGGCCUACGACUGUGGCAAGAACCGCGCCUCUGAGGACGUCCUCGUCAAGAUCAACAUCAAGCCCACAUGCAAGCCCAGCUGGCAAGGCUUCAACAAGCGUAUCGAAUAUGAGCCUGGCACGGGCAGCCUGGCGCUGUUCCCCAGCAUGCGGCUGGAGACUUGCGAGGAGCCCAUCACCUCCAUCCAGGCCACCAUCCAGCUGGAGACCAGCCACAUCGGCAAGGGCUGCGACCGCGACACCUACUCCGAGAAGUCCCUGCACAAGCUGUGUGGUGCCAGUGGCAACACCGUGGAGCUGCUGCCCACCCCUAGCUCGGCCGCCAACUGGACCGUGGGCCUGCCCACCGACAACGGGCACGACAGCGACCAGGUGUUUGAGUUCAACGGCACGCAGGCCCUGAAGAUCCCCGAGGGCGUGGUGAGCACCAGCCUGAAGGAGCCCUUCACCGUCUCCGUCUGGAUGAGGCACGGCCCCGGCGCACGCGAGAAGGAGACCAUCCUCUGCAACUCCGACAAGACAGACAUGAACAGGCACCACUACUCUCUGUACGUCCACAACUGCCGGCUGAUCCUGCUGCUGAGGCAGGACCCUACCGAGGCCGAGAGCUACAAGCCUGCCGAGUUCCACUGGAAGCUGGAUCAGGUGUGCGAUAAGGAGUGGCAUCACUACGUGCUGAACAUCGAGUUCCCCUCUGUCACCCUGUUCGUGGACGGUGUGACCUUCGAGCCCUUCCUGGUCACCGAGGACUACCCCCUGCAUGCUUCCAAGCUGGAGACCCAGCUGACCGUUGGAGCUUGCUGGCAAGACGGCUCAGGAGUUGAGAAUGACACAGAUGCCGUGUCUGAGCCUCCCACAGGUGGUGCUGCCCACAUGGCCCAGUUCUUCAGGGGCAACCUGGCCGGCCUCAUGAUCCGCACGGGCAAGCUGGACAACAAGAAGGUCAUCGACUGCCUGUACACCUGCAAGGAGGGCCUGGACGUGCAGAUGCCAGAGGAGGUUGUCAAUACCGUCAAGGUGCAGUUCAACCCCAACCAGUCCUCUCUGACCCUGGAGGGUGAUGACAUUGAGAGCUUCGAGAAGGUCAUGCAGCACAUCUCCUACCUGAACUCCAGGCAGUUCCCCACACCCGGCAUCAGGCACCUCCGCAUCUCCACCACAGUCAAGUGCUUCAACGAGGAGACGUGCAUCUCGGUGCCGGACUCGGAGGGAUACGUGAUGGUGCUGCAGCCCGAGGAGCCCAAGAUCAGCCUGAGCGGCAUCGACCACUUCGCUCGCGGCGCCCUGGACUUCGAGAGCAGCGAGGGUGUCACGCUCUUCCCCGAGCUGCGCAUCGUCAGCACCAUCACCCGCGAGGUGGAGCCUGAGGCCGAAGCCGAGGCCGAGACCGAGGGAGAGGACGACCCCACAGUUCAAGAGACGGUGGUGUCUGAGGAGAUCAUGCACAACCUGGACACGUGUGAGGUGUCGGUGGUGGGAGAGGACCUGGAUGGGGAGCACGAGAGCCUGGAGGUGGACCUGACCCAGGUGCAGCAGCGCGGCCUGGAAAUGAGCUCCUCCAACGUGGGCAUGAUCAUCACCGGCGUGAACACCAUGGCCAACUAUGAGCAGGUGCUGCACCUGAUCCGCUACAGGAACUGGCACACGGAGGCCCUCUUCGACAGGAAGUUCAAGCUGGUCUGCUCCGAGCUCAACGGACGCUACAUCAGCAACGAAUUCAAAGUUGAGGUUAACGUCAUCCACACGGCCAACCCCAUCGAGCACGCCAACAACGCCAUGGUUCAGCCCCAGUUCAUCAACCCCGUGCACCACGCCUCCGUAGACCUCUCCGGACACAACCUGGUCAACGCACACCAGUCCUCAGUGGUCCCCAGCGCAGCCACCAUUGUGAUCGUGGUGUGUGUGAGCUUCCUGGUCUUCAUGAUCAUCCUGGGCGUGUUCCGCAUCCGUGCGGCCCACCAGCGCACCAUGAGGGACCAGGAGGGAGGCAAGGAGAACGAGAUGGACUGGGACGACUCCGCACUCACCAUCACCGUCAACCCCAUGGAGACGUAUGAGGACCAACACAGCAGUGAGGAGGAGGAGGAAGAGGAGGAGGAGAGUGAGGAUGGAGAGGAAGAGGAUGACAUCACCAGUGCCGAGUCGGAGAGCAGCGAGGAUGAGGAGGGGGCGGAGCCCGAGGACCAGCAGGGGGCCAGCAGACAGCAGCAGCUGGAGUGGGACGACUCCACGCUCACCUACUGAACACACACGCGCACACACACACACCUACACACACGUGUUAACACAUAAACACAUGCCUGUACACCGUCAGACACACGUACACACACAAACACACACACACGCUCACCGACACCGACACCACAGCCAAACCACACCCAUCCCUCUUACCAGUCAACCAGAGGGCGCCUCUUGUCCUCCAUCCACCUCCCCUCCACCUUCACCCCACCCGUCAUCU